AUGCCAUUUCAAUGUAUCCAUAGUGAUGUAUGGGGUCCCUCUGCUCACAUUGUUGAUUCUAAAGGCGUUAGUCAUCACUUGCCUUGCCCUCACAAUCCUCAGCAGAAUGGGUUGGCUGAAAGAAAGAAUCGUCAUGUUAUUGACACAGCCUUAACUCUUUUAUCUGCUGCUUCACUUCCUACAAAGUUUUGGGUUCAUUAUGUUUCUCAUGCUGUUUAUCUAAUAAGUAGAAUGCCAAGUGAGGUUUUGAAUCAUCAAUCUCCAUUCCUUAAGUUGUUUGGCCAUGCUCCUAAUGUUCAGAAUCUGAGAGUUUUUGUCACUGCUGUUUAUCCUUACGUGAGAUGUUAUAAUGUGCACAAGCUUCAACCAAGGACCACUCAAUGUGUGUUCAUGGGUUAUGCACAAGCUUAUGAGGGAGUUUUGUGUUUUAAUCUGCUUACUGAUAAAUUUGUUGUUUCAAGACAUGUUUUGCAUGAUGAGAUAGUUUUUCCUUUUGCAAAUAAAAUGUCUUCAUCUGUUUCGGGUUCGUCUCAUGGAAAUUCAAAGACAACUCCAGUAUUGGUUUCUAUUCCUAUUCCUUUGUCUUCAUCAGCUCCAGCGCAUAGUAUGAGUUUAUCACAGCCUGGUUUACAACCUGCUGUAUCUCAGGAUGUAAUUUUACCUCACCAAGUUUCUGAUAGUGAUUCAAUUUCUAGUGCUUCUUCUAGCUAUGAUUCUAUUGGUGACAAGGUACCUCUUGAUUCUGUGUCAAUUACCGUGCUAAGGGAUGAUCAGUUACAAGUGCUUCUACCAGCUAGUUCUCAAAUUGAUGCUGUUUCAGUUCCUAGUGGUUCUGUUAAUACACAUACUAUGACUACAAGGUCCAAGGAUGGUUCCAGGGUAUCUUGUAUUCAAGAAGUGGUUGAUGAACUCAGUGCAGUUUUUGAAAUGAAAGACAUGGGAAAGCUUACCUAUUUCUUGGGUUUACAGAUUGAUUAUAAUGCAGAGAGUGAUAUAUUUGUAAGUCAGAAGAAAUAUGCUAAAGAUCUUCUACACAAAGCAGGCAUGAGUUCAUGCAGAUCCUGUUUAACUCCUAGCAUCAAGAUGGAUUUUGGAGGACAGUUACAUGAUGAAGGCAGAGGAAUGCUUGAGAAGGGAGAGGGUUUUCUCAUUACCUGCAUCCAUGUAGUGAGAAGAAGCUGGUGGAGACAAUACAAUAUUUGUUGUUGGUGGUGCACCGUGCAUGGAACUCAGCUGAUAGAAAAGAAGCAUUAUGAAUCUGGAUCCAGUGCUCGGCUUACGAUUGUUAAUGUGGAGGAGGAGCUUUCUAGGAAACUUAUUGGUACUUCUGCUUAA